AUGGCUCUUUAUUUCAACAUCUUUUUCUUCUUGUUAUUGUUAUUGAUAACUCCUAAUCUUGACCUUUCGCUAGCGAAAGGUUGCUUUUUUUCACCAACAUAUCAGGUACGUAUUAUCAACAAACUUCCUAGUAAUACCCCACAAUUGCAAGUUCAUUGCGCGUCAAAGGAUGACGAAAUUGCAAAUGACUAUCUUGACAUAGAUGAAGAUUUAUAUUGGUCGUUUUGCGAGUCAUUUUUUGAAAAUACUUUAUAUUUUUGUCACUUUUGGUGGGGUUCAAUGAAUAAGUCUAUUACAGUGUUUGAUGAUGCAGGAUCUUGUGUCCACCAUGGUCUGUAUGCAAAUUAUUUAAACUAUUGUAAAUGGGAAGUAAGGCAAGAUGGUUUUUAUUUAGAGAUGUAUAAUACUACUGAUAUUAAGAAUACGUCAUAUUUUAUGUAUCACAAUAAUUAUUGGUCUUAG